ACCCCCCCCCAGCGUCGACCCAACAUGGCGGCGCUGCCGCCGCGCGAGUUCGCGGCUCAGGUCCUGCCUGGCUGUGUGAUCCCCACGGCGCGGCAGGGCCUGGCCCAGCUCUGGCCGCUGCUGCUGCUCUGCCUCGGCGCCCGGCUGCUGCAUCGCCUGCCGCUGCCCCGCGGCGGGAAGCACGCCGGGGCCGCGGCCGGGGGGCUGCUGGCCCUGCAUCACUUCUUCGGUCCGCAGAGCCUCUGGGUGGCGCUGCUGAGUGCCCUGCUGGCCCUCACCCUGCUGCUGAGUCGCGCCCGGCCGCAGCGCGGCCUCUGCAUGGCGCUGGCGGCACUCAGCUACCUGCUGAUGGGGGAGCUGCACAUGGUGGACACAGUGACCUGGCACAAGAUGAGAGGGGCGCAGAUGGUGGUGGCCAUGAAGGCUGUGUCCCUGGGCUUUGACCUGGACCGGGGGGCCGUGGGGGGGGCAGCAGCAGAGCCCUCCCCAGCCCAGGUCCUGGGGUACCUCUGCACCCCUGGCUCAGUCAUCUUCGGGCCCUGGGAGCCCUUUGGGGCCUACCUGAGGGCCGUGGAGGGCCCCCCCCUGAGCAUGGCCUGGGCCCGGAAGGGGCUGCGGAGCCUGGGGCUGGCCCUGCUCUGCCUGCUGGUGUCCAGCUGCUUGGCUCCAUUCCUCUUCUCCUGCCUCCUGCCCCUCUAUGAGGCUGAGACCCUGCGCAGGAGCCUCUUUGCCAGGUGGCUGCGUGCCUACGAGAGUUCCCUCUCCUUCCACUUCAGCAACUACUUCGUGGCCUUCCUGUCCGAGGCCACCUCCACCCUGGCAGGCUCUGGGACCACCCCCACCCACGGCAACCUGCGCUGGGACCUGGAGGUGUCUCGGCCGCUGCGGGUGGAGCUGCCACGGUCCAUGGCCGAGGUGGUGACCAACUGGAACCUGCCCAUGUCCCGCUGGCUGCACACCUACGUGUUCCAGACCGCGCGGCGCCUGGGGACCUUCGCCGCCGUGCUGGGCACCUACGCUGCCAGCGCCCUGCUGCAUGGCCUCAGCUUCCACCUGGCUGCAGUGCUGCUGUCCCUGGGCCUCAUCACCUACGUGGAGCACAUGCUGCGCCAGCGCCUGGCGGCCAUCUUGGAUGCCUGUGUCCUGUCCAAGCGCUGCCCCCCCGGCUGCCGCCACCGCCACAAGGACGGGCUGUGGGUCCGGGGCCUGAACGGAGCCCUGGGAGCUGUUGCCCUUUUCCACCUCUGCUACCUGGGGGCCUUGUUCGACGCCGAGGCCGACGACAGCGUGGAGGAGCAGGGCUAUGGCCUGGCCCACACCAUCCACAAGUGGUCAGAGCUGCACUGGGCCAGCCACUGGCUGACCCUGGGCUGCUGGCUGCUGGCCCUGCUGCUGCGCUGAGGGCUGCUGGGAUCGCCUGGGACCCGCCUGGAUCGCCUGGGACCCGC